ACGAAGAAGGGGAUGAUGGGAUUGUAAUGUCUGCUUUCUUGUGCGUAAACAUUGGCGUUGCGUUUACGAAGCCCGCAAUUUAAUUCUUUUAUAGGACUUCAAGUCCAAAACGUCUCAAACACAGGUUUGUCAUUUGGUUAACAUGAGACAUAGACGAUUCUGUUGGAAUAUUUUGUUUUACAUCUAGAGAAAGUCGCUGGCGUUUUCUGUAGUCCGCUUUUAUCGUGACUGGAGCAGUUAGCGUUAGCAUUAGCCUCUCAAACUGAGAAUAUGGAUGACGAGGACAUGUCCAUGCACAGGCUGGAGGGGACAGAUCCCACAGCUCAGGUUGGUGGUUUGAUAGUAAAGAAGAAGAGUGCUGCAGCAGAGCCCCAUGUUUUCCGGGCACCCACACCACGAACAUCAUUGUUGGGCUUGGAUCUUCUAGCUGCUCAGAAAAGGAAGGAGCGUGAGACUAAAGAGCAGGAAGAUUCUAAAGAUGAUGAAAGAAACAGAAAGAAGUCAAAGGUUUCCUCUUACAAGGACUGGGAAGAAAAUAAAAGUGACUCUGGUUCAGAUGAGGAGGACAACGAUACAACUUGUGCCAAGAAGGAGAGCCGGAAGUACCGUGUGACCGGCUCAGAGACACCCUCUAACCCAGGAGGGGUCAGUGAAGAGUUCAAACGCAGACAUCAGCAAAGAGAGAAAGACAGGCGUGAACACGGAGUCUAUGCCUCCUCCAAGGAGGACAAGAACAGAGAUAAAGGCAGAGAGCACAGGAGUGAAAGAGAUGAGCGAGACAGCAGAUCUAGUCGCGGUGGCAGCAGCAGUAAUCGAUCAGAGCGCAGUGAGAGAAGUGUGCGCUCACAGAAAGACGGCUGGUCUGAGCGCAUCAGCAGAGGGAGUAAGAGAGAGGAACCUUCAACACCACAGCAUCCACCCAAAGAUUCCUCCACCCCUUCCCGUUCUAACUGGGAUGAAGAUGACAGCGGUUACGCCAGCUCAAGGCGUUCUCAGUGGGAGUCCCCAUCUCCGACACCAUCUCACAAGGAGGCAGACCGCUCAGAGAGAAGCCAUCGCUCAGGCAGAGAAAGUGAGAGGAGAGACAGAUCAGUUAAAGGCCGUUACCUUGACGACACACCCCUACCUACACCAUCUUACAAGUACAACGAGUGGGCCAAUGACAGAAAACAUUUGGGUUCCACGCCUCGCUUAUCCCAAGGAAAAGGUAGAAGCGAACGUGAGGGAGGAAUUAUGUUUGACAAUGAAGAUGAGAAAGAACAGUGGGAGGAUGACCAGAAGCAAGCUGACAGAGAUUGGUACAUGAUGGAUGAAGGCUAUGAUGAGUUUCACAACCCCUUCACUACAACUUCUGAGGAGUACGUGAAGAAGAGAGAGCAAAUCCUCCAGAAACAGACUCAGAAAAGAAUUUCUGCACAGAAGCGACAGAUCAACGAGGAUAAUGAGCGAUGGGAGACCAAUCGGAUGUUGACCAGUGGCGUGGUGCAAAGGUUGGAGGUGGAUGAAGACUUUGAGGAAGACAAUGCUGCUAAGGUUCACCUGCUAGUUCACAAUCUGGUCCCUCCCUUCCUGGAUGGAAGAAUAGUCUUCACUAAACAGCCAGAGCCCAUCAUCCCUGUGAAAGACGCCACCUCGGACAUGGCCAUCAUCUCUCGAAAGGGCAGCCAGCUUGUCCGGAAACAUCGAGAGCAGAAAGAACGGAAGAAGGCGCAGCACAAACACUGGGAACUGGCAGGCACCAAGUUGGGUGAUAUUAUGGGUAUAAAGAAGAAAGAAGAUGAAGAGCCUGGGGCCAAAGUGGUUGGGGAAGAUGGCAAAGUGGACUACAAAGCGGAUCAAAAAUUUGCGGAGCACAUGAAGGAGAAAAGUGAGGCGAGCAGCGAUUUUGCCAAGAAGAAAAGUAUUCUGGAGCAGAGACAGUACCUGCCUAUCUUUGCUGUGAGACAGCAACUUCUCAAUAUCAUAAGGGACAACAGCAUCGUUAUCGUUGUUGGGGAGACGGGUAGCGGGAAGACAACCCAGCUGACACAGUAUCUGCAUGAAGAUGGUUACACUCGCUACGGCAUGGUGGGCUGUACUCAGCCUCGAAGAGUGGCAGCCAUGAGCGUGGCCAAGAGAGUCAGCGAGGAGAUCGGUACCAACCUCGGAGAGGAGGUUGGAUAUGCAAUUCGUUUUGAGGACUGCACAUCUGAGAAAACGCUGAUAAAGUACAUGACGGAUGGAAUCCUGCUCAGGGAGUCCCUGCGAGAGUCCGACCUGGACCAUUACAGCGCUGUGAUCAUGGACGAGGCUCACGAGCGCUCUCUCAACACAGACGUGCUGUUCGGGCUGCUCCGUGAGGUUGUAUCUCGCCGCACCGAUUUGAAGCUCAUCGUCACCUCUGCCACUAUGGACUCAGACAAAUUUGCUGCGUUCUUUGGCAAUGUACCCAUAUUCCACAUUCCAGGAAGAACAUUCCCUGUGGACAUAUUGUUCAGCAAGACGCCGCAGGAGGACUACGUGGAAGCUGCUGUGAAGCAGGCUCUCCAAAUCCACCUCAGUGGGAUGGCGGGAGACAUCCUCAUCUUCAUGCCUGGACAGGAGGACAUUGAGGUGACGUCAGAUCAGAUUGUGGAGCGCCUGGAAGAUUUAGAAAAUGCUCCUGCCCUGGCUGUGCUGCCCAUUUACUCACAGCUUCCAUCUGACCUCCAAGCAAAGAUCUUCCAGAAGGCUCCAGAUGGCGUGAGGAAAUGCAUCGUAGCUACAAACAUCGCUGAGACGUCCCUCACCGUGGAUGGAAUUAUGUUUGUGGUGGAUGCAGGAUAUUGUAAACUUAAGGUUUUCAAUCCUCGCAUCGGUAUGGAUGCUCUCCAGGUUUACCCCAUCAGUCAGGCAAACGCCAACCAGCGAUCCGGCCGAGCUGGUCGUACUGGGCCGGGACAGUGUUACAGACUUUACACUCAGAGUGCCUACAAGAACGAGAUGCUGACCACCACCAUACCUGAGAUCCAGAGGACCAACCUGGCCAACGUGGUUCUGCUGCUGAAGUCUCUGGGUGUUCAGGACUUGCUCCUUUUCCAUUUCAUGGACCCACCGCCUGAGGACAACAUGCUGAACUCCAUGUAUCAGCUCUGGAUCCUCGGAGCUCUGGACAACACAGGUGCUUUGACACCGACAGGGCGUCUGAUGGUGGAGUUCCCCCUCGAUCCCGCCCUCUCUAAGAUGCUCAUCGUGUCGUGUGACAUGGGCUGCAGCGCGGACAUCCUCAUCAUCGUCUCCAUGCUUUCUGUGCCAGCCAUCUUCUACAGACCUAAGGGUCGAGAAGAGGAGAGCGACCAAGUGAGGGAGAAGUUCUCGGUCCCAGAGAGCGACCACCUGACUUACCUGAAUGUGUACAUGCAGUGGAAGAACAACAAUUACUCCAGCAUCUGGUGCAACGACCACUUCAUCCACACCAAGGCCAUGCGCAAGGUGCGUGAGGUGCGCUCCCAGUUAAAGGACAUCAUGGUGCAGCAGAAGAUGAACCUGGUUUCCUGUGGCUCAGACUGGGACAUCAUCAGAAAGUGCAUCUGUGCUGCUUACUUCCACCAGGCGGCCAAGCUCAAGGGCAUUGGUGAGUAUGUGAACGUGAGGACAGGCAUGCCGUGUCACCUACAUCCUACCAGCUCCUUGUUUGGUAUGGGCUACACACCUGACUACAUCAUUUACCACGAGCUCGUCAUGACUACAAAGGAGUACAUGCAGUGUGUCACAGCUGUUGAUGGGGAGUGGCUGGCAGAACUUGGGCCCAUGUUUUAUAGCAUCAAACAUGCAGGAAAAAGCAGACAGGAGAACCGCCGGCGGGCCAAGGAGGAGAUCAACAACAUGGAGCACGAGAUGGCUCUGGCCGAGGAGCAGCUGCGAGCGCGUCGAGAAGAGCAGGAGAAGAAGAGCAACAUUGGAAGUGUCAGAGCGGUGAAAAUCUGCACCCCAGGACGACGAGAAGAGGCCCCCAUGACUCCCAAACGCACCCCGGCCCGCUUCGGACUAUAAAACUCCCCACGCAGCUCAACUUGUUGGAAGUCCCGGACCUCACCAACACACAGAACAACAUUUCAUCCUCUUGGUGUGCGACCAUUCACUGCAGUUCACAUUUUGACCACUAGAGUGAGAACUUGUAUAAGGCACAGGAGGCAAACCACACUGUGGAAAAUCACCUCACUACCUUCAGCGGUCACUUCAGCUUCAUGGUACAUUUAAAGGAAAACAGGACUGUUGCUUAUAGAUGUUUUUUUUUUUUUUUUGUAAAUUCCAUAUUUACAUUUGCUUGUUACGGCUUUUACGAGAAGACGUGAACUGUAAUGACUUUACCCACGGUAGUAAACGAAACCCUAAUUUUCUAUGUUCCUGAUUUUGAUAUCAGAGGACUGCAGACAAAUAAUGGUCUGAUUGAACUGUUGCUGGUUUUUGUGUUCUUGCAUUAACUGGUUCUUGUCGUGUAGUGGGCUGAGCAGUGUGCACUGCCUUGAAGGGCUCUCCUACAGCCUGAAGCACUAUUCAAACUGUACUUGUGGCACAAGAGUGAACUGACUCUAAAUUUAGAUUUAAUACAACAGUCACGUUGGUUUGAUUUGGCUUAAACCUUCUUUUAGUAAGAUAAUGGGCCACAGUGUUGAAAGUAAACAUCAGUUUUGUGGGCUCUGAAUAGCAGAUAUUUGUUUUUACCAAAAAUGUAAAAAGCUGAUUACUAUUGUUGAUGUUCGCUCGUCAUCGUCCUGUUGAUCAGAAAAUCAUGCAGCUUCAGAUAAAAUGUUUUAGUGGAGUGGCUUCUUUUGUCUUUACAACAUCGAUCUCAAUUUCAUCAACAUCCUAUGUAAAUAAAGAGAUAAACGUUGUUUUUUUUAUUUUAAA